AUGUCGGCCCGGAAGCCAGUCUUCAACCACCAGGUUCUCUACGAUACCACUCCCCUCCCGGACUCCAUCCCCUCGGUCAAGGAGGUCGGAGCUACGUCUGCGCCUCUUCUAUCGGCUUCGUUCUUCAUCGGCGCCCGGUGCCGCCCUUACAACGAUGACUUCAUGCAAUGCAAGACCGAGAACCACGGCAAGGGCGAGUUUGAGUGUUUGAAGGAGGGCCGACGAGUAACCAGAUGCGCCGCCAGCGUGAUCGAUGACAUCAACACGCACUGUCUAGACGAGUUCCGCAAGCACUGGCAGUGCCUCGACAAUAACAACCACCAGCUGUGGCAAUGCCGGAAGGACGAAUGGAAGCUUAGCAAAUGUGUAUUUGAUAACCUAAAACUGGAGAAAACCAUCCCCGAUUCUCCCAAGGACAAAGCCCCGGUCCACCUCCGGACGAAGCAGAUCUACGCCCACUACCCUAUCUUAAGAGAUCGCGGCCAAGCGCCGUUCGGCAAAGCUAUUGACCCGCCUUCAGCACAAGCUCAGGCUGAUGCGCCGACAUCAUGA